GUCAGGAGGGAAAGAAGAUCGUGGUAUCUGAAAUAGACGUGGGCUGGAACGCUGGAUGAAGAUUCUGGAUAGCCACACACACAGGGAGCCUUCCAGGAUGUGGGGGGCAGUCAUUGUCCUUGCUCUCCUGGAGCUCACCUCAGGAGGAGACGCACUGUGCCUGAUACACCUUCCCGCCACUAGCAAUGUGGCAGAGAACAGCCCACCUGCAACUUCUGUGCAUGCAUUUUCUGUAAAUUUAUCAGUAUCGUUGUCACCUCUGAUGCCAGGAUUUCCCCUGGUAGUCAACCCAACUCCCUUCACUGAAGCCUUCAGGGUGAACAGACUGUCGGGGACUGACUUUGAGGUUGUCACCACUGGGAAGGAACAACUAGAUUUUGAAACAGGACCAAAAAUAUUUGAUUUGCAGAUUUAUGUUAAGGAUGAUGCCCAUGUUACAGACUUGCAAGUCCUGACUGUUCAGGUGACAGAUGUGAAUGAGCCACCUCAGUUUCAAGGCAACUUGGCACAAGGUUUGAACCUCUAUGUAGUAGAAAGAACAAACCCUGGAUUCAUUUACCAGGUGGAGGCCUUUGACCCAGAAGACACGAGCCAGAACAUACCCCUCAGUUAUUUCCUCACUUCUCCCUCAAGGAACUUCAGAAUGUCUGCCAAUGGCACCCUCUUCUCCACCACAGAGCUGGACUUUGAAGCAGGACACAAGAGCUUCUAUCUCCUUGUGGGAGUGAGGGACAGCAGGAAUCUCGAAGCCUCCACAGUGCUCCAGGUGACCAUUGUGAACAUCAACGAUGAGAUCCCACACUUUACCAGUCCCAGGAGAGAGUACUCCAUUCCCGAGGAAGUGCGUCCAGGAACCAUUGUGGCGAACAUCACCGCAGAGGAUCCUGAUGACGAGGGCCUGCCUGGCCACCUCCUCUACAGCAUCCCCGCCACCAGCAGCUACUUUGUGAUAGACCAGCUGACUGGGACAAUCCAAGUGGCCCACAGACUAGAUAGAGAUACAGGUGAACUGAGACAAAAUCCCAUAAUAUCACUGGAAGUUCUGGUGAGGGACAGACCCUCUGGGGGUCAGGAGAACCGCAUCCAGAUAACCAUCACUGUGGAAGACAUCAAUGACAACCCUGCAACAUGCAGAAAGCUCACCUUCAGCAUUAUGUUGGCUGAAAGAGCAGCCAAUGGAACGCUGCUUUUGGACCUGAACAAGUUCUGCUUUGACGAUGACAGUGAAGCACCAAACAACAAAUUCAACUUUACCACGCCAUCUGGAGUGGGGAGCAGCAGCAGAUUCUCACAGCAUCCACCCGGCUCUGGGAGAAUUGUGUUAAUUGGUGAUCUAAAUUAUGAAAAUCCAAGCAACCUAGCAGCUGGCAAUAAGUACAGUGUGAUAAUCCAGGUGCAAGAUGCUGCCCCGCCACACUACAAAAAAAUCAUCUACAUUUGCAUCCUAACAAGCCCAGAAAAUGAAUUUCCUCUCAUCUUUGAUAGACCAUCCUACAAGUUUGAUGUGUCAGAAACAAGACCAGCUGGAACCCGAGUUGGGUGGGUGCGAGCGAUGGACAGAGACCUCCCCCAGAGGACCGUGGUGUAUUCCAUAGCCAGUGGAGGGGCCAGCCACUGGUACCCAAACAUAUUUUGGAUUAAUCCCAAGACAGGAGAACUCCGACUCGUAACUAAAGUGGACCAUGAAACCACUGCCAUCUACGUUCUCACAGUCGAGGCCACCAAUGGCGAGGACACAGGCUCGGUCACUGUAACUGUGAACAUCAUUGGAGAAAAUGACGAAAAGCCAGUGUGUACCCCACAUUUUUACUUCAUGGCCAUCCCAGUGGAUCUGAGAGUCGGCACAAACAUUCAGAAUUUCAAGUUGACGUGCACUGACCUUGAUUCUAGCCCCAGAUCUCUUCGCUACUCCAUUGGUUCAGGCAACAUCAACAGUCAUUUCACCUUCUCUCCCAAUGCCGGCUCCAAUGUCACACGCCUGCUGCUGGCAUCCCGCUUUGAUUAUGCUGGUGGCCUUGAUAAGGUCUGGGACUACAAGCUGCUUGUCUACAUUACUGAUGACAACUUGCUGUCUGGCAGGACAAAAGCUGAGGCUCUUGUUGAAACAGGGACAGUGACACUAAGUGUUAAAGUCACUCCUCAUCCAACCUCGGCCAUCACCACAGCUCCCAGGCCCAGGGUCACUUACCAGAUCCUCAGGGAAAAUAUAUAUAGCUCAUCAGCGUGGUACGUGCCAUUCACCAUCACCCUGGGCUCCUUGGUGAUUGUGGGUCUUCUGGGGUCCCUGACGGUCCUGCUGGCCAAAGCUGUCUACAUAUAUUGCUUCUCCAUCACCAGAAAGGACAAGAAACCUCUGAGAAAGAAUGGAGACAUGAAGAAUGCGAAGAGAGAGGCUAUAGUGGAGUCUGUCCAGAUGAAUACUGUCUUUGAUGGAGAAGCCACAGACCCAGGUAACCAAAUGGCAAUGCCACCUAUGAGGACACUCUGUGCUCUGGGACAGAAGAGUUGGAACAGUGUCCAGUAUCCUUUAACCACUGUGACCGGGGAAAUAUAUGAAUUCAACUCAAAAACUGGUGCCAGGAAGUGGAAAGACCCAUUAACUCAACUGCCUACCUGGCCUGAGCCCAGCCCCCAGCACAGAGGCACGGCUGCAGAAAGGUCAUAACAGGCUCACAACUGUCUGUGCUCAUCGGCUCAUGCCAAGUUGUCCCUGUGUGUUCUUCAUAAUUGUGGCCAGGAAGCCCCUUCAGCUCAGCCUCACACCAUUUGCCCUAAUACACCCAUCCUUGUGUUCAUUUAUAAAUAUAGCUCAACACAGUAAA